GACCCACCAAGCUUCAAUUAUAAAUUGCACAAACUUUUCGUAAUCGAGAAAAAUGGAAUCGUUGAGCGAAACGCAAUGGGACUUGGUGAUUGAAGGAACUGGUUUGAAGCAUUCAUUGCUUGCCUUAGCCCUCUCUCGUUCAAACAAAAAGAUAUUACAUGUCGACAAUAAUGAGUACUAUGGAGACGAAGAAGCAGCCUUUAGUCUGCAAGAAACAGAUGCUUGGGUGAAGCGAUUUCAUUCGCAGAGCGGCACAUCAACGUUCAGAAAUGCUUCUGCAACAUACAACUCUACUCUCAAAGAAAAGCUGGGCUUCUCGAGAGCAUACAAUUUUACCCUUUCACCACAAAUAAUAUACACGCGAUCACCGCUCCUAUCUGCCCUCGUAGCUUCAAAAGUUUACAAACAACUCGAAUUUCAAGCUGUCGGUAGCUGGUUCUUAUAUGAUGAUGCAGCACUGAAACGUCUGCCAUCAGGUCGAGAAGAUAUCUUCCAAGACAACAGUAUCGACAAUCGCGCCAAGCGAUCACUGAUGAAAUUCUUGAAAUUUGUCGUGGAUUAUGAGAAUCAAGUUGAGGUUUGGCAAGGCAAAGCUGAGAUGGGGUUGUCACAGUUCCUUGCAGAUGACUUUAAGCUUCCCGAGAAUCUGCAGAUACUCAUCGGAGCUUUGACCUUAUCACUCGAUACACUUGAGGAAACGAAGGUAGAAUAUGCGCUGCCGAGAAUUCAGAGGCAUCUGACAUCGAUUGGCGUCUUUGGUCCUGGAUUCGGGGCUGUCGUACCUAAAUGGGGUGGUGGCGCUGAAAUUGCGCAAGUUGCGUGUAGAGCCGGUGCAGUCGGUGGCGGUGUAUAUGUUCUUGGGACUGGCAUCCGCGGUUCGACAAUCAUUGAGGCGCAAGGUGUCACUGCACAUGAAGUCGAUUUAACGAAUGACGAGAAGGUUAAUACGAAAUACAUUACUCGAAUUGAUAAUGAUGCACCUGCCGCUGGAAUCCGGGUUGCCAAAAUCAUGGCCAUUGUAUUAUCACCUUUGGCAUCCCUUUUCACUAGUACAGUGGAAGGCUCUCCAACCUCUGCCGCAUCUGUGGUCGUUUUCCCAGCGAGAACCAUAGUAGCAUCCGAUUUCAGUCAAGAUUAUCCGGUAUAUAUUAUGGCUCAUUCUAGCGAAACUGGCGAAUGCCCAGCAGGUCAAUGCAUCCUAUACAUUACUACUCUUCUUCCUGAAUCUUCGACCACACAGGCCGGAAAGCUCCUUCUAGAGGAUGCCAUCUCCAAGCUUCUCGAAACAACGGAGGGUGAUGGUGGGCAAGUGCUUUAUAGCGUACACUACGAGCAGCAAGGAAGUAAAGACAAACUAGACCUCGCCUUCAACGAUCAAGUCUUGGUAGAGGUCGAGGAGGAGUGGAAAAGGGUUUCUGGUGGGACUGAUGAAACGUCAUUCUUGGUAUUUGAAGAACGUAAUGGAAUGAAUGAUGAUGAUGCUGAGAGCGCGGAAUACUGAUGAAUCUAUCAAGGAGUUGUGGGGCCGUUUUUUGGAGCUCAUGAAGCGCUUGUAGACUCCAUUUACGAAUAUGAUGAUAUCAUGAAUUUUGCAAUUUAAUUUUGUCUCAAUCCCUUUGCUUCUCUGCGUGAUGCUAUGCUUUUCCAAUUGGAAAAAAAAGUUCAAUGGCAUUAUCUGCCACGCCAUGCUGACCAGAGUCUUGGAUGUGUAGACCUUAUUAGUAAUGAUAGUCACCGCUCCUGGUAACAACUGGUUUCUUAAGUGGUCGAACUUCAACCAACUUAUUUUCAACUUUCGUAUUGUUAUUUCACAAAGUAAAAUUAACAACGCAACAGGUCUCCA